GCUCUCUCUCUCUCUCUCUCUCUCUCCUCUACAGUACAUACAUACACAGUGGUGAAGACCCAAAGCCGAAAGUGACGAACCAAUGAAAUACAACAUGUGAAACAGCGGAACCCAAAAACCAAUGCACAGAAAAGGCACUCACUUUCACUUUCCCCCUCCUCCUCCUCUUGUCUCCAAUUCCUAGGGUUCCUCUGUUCACUCCGUAUCCGAUGCAUUCUCCUCUCGAUUCAAACCAAGAUCCCCCUCGUCUCUCUCAUCCCUGAGAUCUCCCACUCACUGCACCAUCCCCACCCCCCUUCUCUCUCUCUCUCUCUCUCUCUACAUACCCAUGUCCAUUUCUCGUUCGUUCAUGUGAAGCCACGAACCAUGUUUCAGCGACUGGGAACGAUUCGAGACUCCUAAGAUGAAGAUCGAUUUCGGUUACGAGCGUAGUAAAAGUUCCGAUCUUUUAAGUUAAAUCUUCGUUUCUACUGCUUUAGUAUUCGAAAGCUAUUUCGAGCCCUCUGCAACCCAGAUUCGAAGCGUUCGCGAUCCGCGUUAGAGAGAUUGUUAUUGGAAUGCGAAAAGAGCGAUUUUUUUCGUGCUUCUAUUUUGUUGUAUUGGGGAAAGUUACAAGUAUUGGGAUAAAGUUGGAUCUUUGGUGAUCUUUGUUUAAUAUUCUUCUUGUGUUUGGGGCCUGUUUCUGGUUACCGAAGAAGCGAAGAAUAACAACGUUCUAGUUCGGUAAUCAGUUUGUCCCUUGUCGGUUCUGUUGGUAAUUUAAUACUACUAGACAUUCUCUCCAAAUACUUGUUUAGAGCUCACUUGUCUGGUUCUGGUACAGAGAGUGCUGAGAAGCUGCUUUUGGUAUUUAUUUUGGGGUGUGUGAUAAUUAGGGUUUUCGGAGUUUGAAGUGAUAUUAUGAUGGCAAUGUCCUGCAAGGAUGGUAAGGGAGUGAUGGACAAUGGGAAAUACGUCCGUUACACACCUGAGCAGGUUGAAGCCCUUGAGAGGCUCUAUCAUGAGUGCCCCAAACCCAGUUCCAUUCGCCGGCAACAGCUUAUCCGUGAAUGCCCUAUCCUCUCUAACAUCGAGCCCAAGCAGAUCAAAGUCUGGUUUCAGAACAGAAGAUGCAGGGAGAAGCAGAGGAAAGAGGCAUCACGUCUUCAAGCGGUGAACAGGAAGCUGACGGCCAUGAACAAGCUUCUCAUGGAAGAGAACGAUAGGUUGCAGAAACAAGUGUCACAUCUGGUGUAUGAAAAUGGCUACUUCCGCCAACAACAUACUCAGAAUACGACCCUUGCGACUAAAGACACAAGUUGUGAAUCUGUGGUGACGAGUGGUCAACACCACUUGACGCCGCAGCAUCCGCCGAGAGAUGCUAGUCCUGCAGGGCUUUUGUCCAUUGCAGAAGAGACUUUAGCAGAGUUUCUUUCAAAGGCUACUGGAACCGCUGUUGAGUGGGUCCAAAUGCCUGGAAUGAAGCCUGGUCCGGAUUCCAUUGGAAUCGUUGCUAUUUCUCAUGGUUGCACUGGUGUGGCAGCACGUGCUUGCGGCCUGGUGGGCUUAGAGCCUACAAGGGUUGCGGAAAUCCUCAAGGAGCGGCCUUCGUGGUUUCGCGAUUGCCGAGCUGUGGAUGUUCUCAAUGUGCUGCCUACCGCUAAUGGUGGAACCAUUGAGCUGCUUUACAUGCAGCUCUAUGCGCCUACAACUUUGGCGCCUGCUCGCGAUUUCUGGCUGUUACGCUAUACUUCUGUCAUGGAGGAUGGUAGUCUUGUGGUAUGUGAAAGAUCACUUAGUAAUACUCAGAAUGGUCCAAGCAUGCCACCAGUGCAGAAUUUUGUGAGGGCAGAAAUGCUGCCUAGUGGGUACCUGAUUAGACCUUGUGAAGGUGGUGGCUCAAUCAUCCACAUUGUCGAUCAUAUGAAUAUGGAGGCGUGGAGUGUUCCUGAAGUGCUUCGUCCGCUAUAUGAAUCCUCAACUGUGCUUGCCCAGAAGACAACAAUGGCUGCUCUACGCCAACUGAGGCAGAUAGCUCAGGAAGCUUCUCAAGCUAAUGUCACCAACUGGAGCAGAAGACCUGCAGCUCUACGAGCACUUAGCCAGAGGUUGAGCAGGGGUUUCAAUGAGGCUGUUAAUGGGUUCGCUGAUGAGGGGUGGUCCAUGAUGGGAAAUGAUGGCAUGGAUGAUGUUACCAUACUUGUGAACUCUUCCCCUGACAAACUAAUGGGUUUAAAUCUUACCUUUAGCAAUGGAUUUCCAGCUGUCAGUAAUGCAGUCUUGUGUGCGAAAGCGUCAAUGCUUCUGCAGAAUGUGCCCCCUGCUAUACUGCUCAGAUUCUUGCGGGAGCACAGGUCGGAAUGGGCAGACAACAAUAUUGAUGCUUACUCAGCUGCAGCUGUUAAAGUUGGCCCAUGUAGCUUACCAGGGGCACGAGUUGGAAGUUUUGGGGGUCAAGUUAUACUUCCUCUUGCUCAUACUAUUGAGCAUGAAGAGCUGUUGGAGGUCAUUAAGUUGGAAGGUGUUGCCCAUUGUCCUGAAGAUGCAAUAAUGCCUAGAGAUAUGUUUCUCCUUCAACUAUGCAGCGGUAUGGAUGAGAAUGCCAUAGGGACCUGUGCUGAACUUAUCUUUGCUCCUAUAGAUGCAUCUUUUGCUGACGAUGCACCUCUUUUGCCUUCUGGUUUUCGCAUCAUUCCUCUUGAUUCUGGGAAGGAAGCAUCCAGUCCAAAUCGCACCCUUGACCUUGCUUCUGCUCUUGAAAUAGGACCUUCCGGAAACAAAGUGUCAAAUGAUUAUAGUGCUAAUGGUGGCAGUACGAGAUCUGUUAUGACAAUAGCUUUUGAAUUUGCAUUCGAAAGCCACAUGCAAGAGAAUGUAGCAUCAAUGGCGCGACAGUAUGUCCGUAGUAUAAUAUCUUCUGUUCAGAGGGUGGCAUUAGCACUCUCUCCAUCCCAUCUAAGCUCCAAUGGUGGUCUUCGGCCUCCUUUGGGGACUCCUGAAGCAAAUACUCUUGCCCGCUGGAUCUGCCACAGUUACAGGUGCUACUUGGGAGUAGAGCUACUCAAGUCUGGUGGUGAAGGAAGUGAUUCCACCCUUAAAACGCUUUGGCAACACUCAGAUGCUAUUAUGUGCUGCUCUUUAAAGGCAUUGCCAGUUUUCACCUUUGCCAACCAGGCUGGUCUUGACAUGCUCGAGACAACGUUGGUAGCCCUUCAAGACAUAACAUUGGAAAAGAUAUUCGAUGAUCAUGGAAGAAAAACUCUCUGCUCUGAGUUUCCACAAAUAAUGCAACAGGGUUUUGCUUGCCUUCAAGGUGGGAUAUGUUUGUCAAGCAUGGGGAGACCAGUUUCUUAUGAGAGAGCCGUGGCCUGGAAAGUGCUGAAUGAAGAAGAGAGUGCUCACUGCAUCUGCUUCAUGUUCAUGAAUUGGUCGUUUGUUUAAGGUUUAGAAAACUACUAUGGUGUAGAAAACUUCACUACUAUGGUGUAGAAAACUUCAAACUCUCUCUCUCUCUCUCACUCUGCUUUGAGACCUGGAGAAACAUGGGUACGGGCUAACAGUAUGUUUGUCUUGCUUUUUGUGAUCUUCGUUAUGUGGAAUCGAAUGCUAUGCUUUUGCUGCAA